GGCCCGGCCCGGCAUGGCGUCCCGGGAGCGGCUCUACGAGCUCUGGAUGCUGUACUUCGCCAAGAAGGACCUGGCGUACCUGCAGCAGUGGCUGGAGGCCUUUGUCAUGAACUUCGAGAAGGUCAUAGCCGUGCCCUCGCUGGAGCCCCGCAGGCCAGAGGAGGCGCUGUCAGAGAUCCCAGUGCUGCCACGAGAAGUGCUGCAGGUGCUGAGCCAGAGGCUGGCACAGUGUGUGGGCCAGGGCCCCCGCCUGGGGCAGGCGCUGCUGCUCCUCAAGUUCUUCAUCAUCAUCUGCAGAAACCCCGAAAAUGUCCAAACUGACAAAACCCCUGGCUUCAUCCUGGAGGUGCUGGCGCUGCUGCGGAUCUGCGCUAGCAAGCUGCGCUGUGGCCAGGAGGAUGGGGCACAGCUGGAGAGCGUGAUGCUGUAUGCCCUGCACCUCUGUGAGUGCCUCUUCGACCCCUACCAGACCUGGCGCCGGCAGCUGAGCGGAGAAGUUGUCAGCACGAAGGAGAAGAGCAAAUACAAGUUCGCCCCUGCCGCUUUACCCCCCGAGUUCGACACCUUCUUCCAAGAAUGUUUCCAGCCUGGUGGGCAGCUCCCCGACGAGCUCCAGCUCCGGCUCAUCCACCUCUUUGGAGCCAUCCUCUCUGGGGCCAAGUCCAACGCACUGCAAGCCAUUACACCAGCAGCACUGGAGGUGCUGCUGGGAGUGCUGCGUCGGGUGAGCUCAGGGCCACCACCAUGCUCUGGGCUGCUGGGACUGACACUGCGUAGUGUGGUGGCAGCAGUACAUGCCCUACAUGCCAGCAGCCCCGGCCCUGUGCCCCUGCGCAUGCUGCUGGAUGGGUACUUCAGAGUGCUCAACGCCGACCCCACCGCUGUGUCACCAGAGGCAGCCAGAGGGCUCAUCUCACUGCGGGUGCAGAUGUUGGAUGCCAUCCCGGCCAUGCUGAGCUGUGAUGACCGGCCGGUCCUGCAAGCCGUCUUCCUGAGCAAUAACUGCUUUGAGCACAUCAUCCGCCUCCUCCAGAACAGCAAGCUCUACCUCAACAGUCCACAGGACGCAGGUGAAGCCUACGAUGAGCUCUCUGUGCAGCCACCAGCCAGCAAUGGGCUCCAGCAGGUCUUUGACAGCGGCUCCGAUGCCAUCGCGGUCCAUGCCAUCAGCGUGCUCACGGCCAUCAUGAGCAACUCACCCUCUGCAAAGGAGGUGUUUAAGGAGCGCAUUGGCUAUGCCCAUCUCUACGAGGUGCUGAGGAGUCAGGGCCAGCCCACGCAGCGCCUGCUCCAGGAGCUCCUCAACAUGGCGGUAGAAGGUGACCACAGCUCCUUCCCAGCGCGCCCCAUCCACAACGAGCAGCCCCUGCUCCUGCUUCUGGCCUGGCUCCCAGCACUGGCAUGCCGUGAGCUGCAGCUCUUCCUCUCAGAGCGACUGCGGCAGCUAUGCGAGGCCUCUCUGCCCAGCCGCCUCACCUGCGUCAAGGCGGGCAUGGUGGGCAGCCUGCUGGCUGCUCUGGCCUCAGAGCCAGCACUCCCACCUGCCUGCUCCGAAAACCUGCUGGAGCUGCUGCGUGUCCUGGGCAGGCUUUCCAUCCGGCCUGGCGAGCUGCGGCAGCUCUUGAGGCUGCUGCGGCGUGAACGGGGCCGGGGCGCCCACCCCUACACAGCGCCUGUCCUGCGGGUGCUCUCAGGCAUGGCCCGGGCUGAGGGACCCCCACGAGCACUGCAGUACUUUGACCUGACACCUGGCAUGGCGGGGAUCAUGGUGCCUGCCAUCCAGAAGUGGCCUGGAGGUGCCUUUGCCUUCCAUGCUUGGCUCUGUCUCAGCGAGGAGGAGUUCGGGCCACCGGCGAGGCCAAAGAGGAGGCAGCUCUACAGCUUCUUCACAGCCAGUGGGACGGGAUUCGAGGCUUUCUUCACCACCGACGGCAUGCUGGUGGUGGCUGUCUGCACCAAGAAGGACUACAUGACGGUGGCACUGCCAGAGGUGGCCUUCAACGACUCAUCCUGGCACUGCAUUGACAUCGUUCAUGUCGCUGGCCGCCGACCCUUCGGCCAGAACGUGGUCAGCAUCUAUGCAGAUGGACACCUACGGAAGACAGCACAGCUCCGCUUCCCAUCCCUUCACGAGUCCUUCACCUCCUGCUGUAUUGGCUCUGCGGGGCACCGCACCACCACAACGGCUUCCAGCAGCAGCCACCCACCACCCUCCCAUGGGCUGGAGCUGACCUUCCCCCCACACCCCGUGCUCUGCCGUUCGCAGUCCUUCCCUGCCUCCCUGGGCCCCCACGCCUGGACCCCCCUACAGCCCCCCACUGAGGGGGUGGUGUCCACCACGGCAGCUGGCAGCCAGGAUACUGAGUGGGGCACCCCUACUUCCCUCGAGGGCCACCUGGGCUCUGUGGCUAUCUUUUGUGAAGUGCUGCAGCAAACCCAGGUCAAGGCACUCUUCUGCCUAGGUCCAAACAUCGCAUCUCCGUUUACACUGGAAGGUGACCUGGUGGAGCUCAGCAGCAAGCUCCUGCUGUACUACACCCCACAGGCUUGCAGAAAUAACAUCUGCCUGGACCUCUCUCCCAGCCAUGGCUUGGAUGGGAGGCUGACGGGGCAUAAGGUGGUCAACUGGGAUGUCAAGGAUGUGGUCAACUGCGUGGGUGGGAUGGGCGUCCUGCUGCCCCUGCUCGAACAAGUAGUGACCAAGAAGGAGGAAGCCGAGGAUGAGCAGGAGACCAAUGACCUGGUAGGGCCAGAGCUGACGUCCUCCAGGAACGCCCAGGGCAUGCUCAUCCCACUGGUCAGGUCCUCAGAGAGCAGGCUGGAAAGGAACAGUGUGGCUGCCUUCCUGCUGCUGGUGAAGAACUUCAUCCGCAACCACCCAGUGAACCAGGAGAGCCUGGUGCAGUGCCACGGGCCGGCCAUCAUUGGUGCACUGCUGCAGAAGGUGUCUAGCCCGCUGCUGGACAUGAGCACACUGAUGGCCUCGCAGAUCCUGAUGGAACAAGUGGCCUCCGAGGGCAGUGGACUGCUGCUGCACCUCCUCUACCAGCAUCUCCUCUUUGAUUUCCGCAUCUGGAGCAACAGCGACUUUGCCGUCCGCUUAGGUCACAUCCAGUACCUGGCCAACGUCAUCAAGGACCACAAGCAGCGCAUCCGCAAGAAAUAUGGGGUUCAAUACAUCCUCGACUCCAUCCGGACAUACUACGGUUCCUCCAGGGAGAAGUCCACAGCUACUGAUGACAUCAAGACGGUACAGACAUCCCUCUUCAGCCUGGUGAAGGAUUUCUUCUGCAGGAGCUUCUCUGGAGAGGAGAUGCAGAGCUUGCUGAACUAUGUGGCCGCAGCACAGGAUGAGCAGCAGGUCUGCGGAGCAUUGGAGGUAAUACACAGCCUGCUGAAGGGCUCACCCUCCCAGGAGCAGCUUUUUGCCUUCCUCUUUGAGCCAGGCCACGUGGAAGUGCUCUUCUCAUUGCUGGUACAGAAGAAGUUCUCAGAUGAAGUACGGGAAAGAGUCUUCAGGGUGCUCUACAAGAUGCUGAAGUACGAGAAGGUCCCUGAGCGCUGCAAGAGCCGCCUGAAGUUGAAGGACAUUGGGUACCAGGGGCUCAUUGCCUGCCUCAGCGACAUCCCCAGUUCCAUGUUGCUCUUCCGCUGCCUCUCAGAGCAGGUCCUUGGGGCAGAUACUCCGAACUACAAGGACCUGGUGGCCGUAGUUUACCUGUCCCACCGGGCUGACCUGACCAUCCGGCUCGAUAUCUGCCGCAAGCUCUUCCACUUGAUCUACGCACAGCAGGACAUGGUGAGGCAUCUGGCCAGGCUGGCGGGGUGGCAGGACACGCUCACCAAGCUGUACGUCAAGGAGGCUUCUCCGACCACUCCAUCUCGCCCAGCGGCCGCACCAAGUCCUUCCACUCCUACAACUUCAAGUCCUUCGACUCCUCCGACCGGGCGAGCCGCUCUUCCUCACCCUGGGGAUGUCCCCUUUGAUGGUGUCUACCACCCGCUCUCACCUUUCUCCACCUCACCCUUCGACCUGGGGCUCGACCUGGCCAGCACCAGCUCCAUCGCCACAGCUGAGAGUGGUGCACAGACACCCGCCAGCGGCCCUGGAACCCCUUCACCCCUGGAGAGCUUCAAACCCUUCCCAGGGAUGCGAAACCGCAAGAGCUCCAGCCUCUCCAACGUGCUGGAUGAGAGCAGCUACCAGGACGCUCUGCCUAGCGACAACAUCUCCAACACCAGCAACCCCCAGCAAACACCUGAGGAGGAGCUGUGCAACCUCCUGACCAACAUUAUCUUCUCGGUGACGUGGCGUGGGGUGGAGGGCUGGGAUGAUGCUGCAUGGAGGGAGCGUGGCCAGGUCUUCUCCGUCCUCACCAAGCUGGGCACGGCGUGUGAGCUGGUGCGAUCCCCUGAUGAGAUCAAGCGCAGCUUGCUGGAGAUGAUGCUGGAGUCGGCGCUGACAGACCUGAAGGAGUCGGGGCCGGCCGCGCUGCCCGGCCUCACCCACAAUGCACUCAAGCUGCUGCGGCUGCUCCAGGACUUCUUGUUCUCAGAGGGACACAACAACCAGGCCCUGUGGAGCGAGAAGAUCUAUGAGGGGGUGAGCAGCCUGCUAGACAAGCUGGGUGUCUGGUACCACCUGGCCAACGGCACCUCUGACCUCAAGGAGAUGGCCCAGACAGGGCUGCGCAUCCUGGUGGGCUACAUCCUGCUGCAGGACCCCCAGCUGCACUCACUCGCCUAUGUGAAGCUGCACAGUUUGCUGCAGACUGCCACGGCCCCGAAAAAAGACGAAGCUUGCUACCUGCUGGGCAAGCUGGAGACUCCACUGCAGCGUUCACUGGAUGCCAAAUCAGAGGCCUUCUCCUGGCUGGUGCCCAUUGUGCGCACACUCAUGGACCAGUGCUACGAGACUCUGCAGUUGCAGCAGUUCCUGCCCUCAUUGCCUCCCACCAAUGGCAGCCCCACGUUCUAUGAGGACUUCCAGCAGUUCUGCACCACCCUUGAGUGGAGGAGCUUCAUUGAGAAGCACGUGCAGCCCACCAUGGCUCAGUUUGAGAUGGACACAUUUGCCAAAAGCCACGACCACAUGUCCAACUUCUGGAACGCCUGCUACGAUGCCAUGAUGAGCAGCUCCCUGCGGAGGGAGCGGGACAAGGCAGACAGCCGGAAAAUGUUCCAGGAGCUGGUGCUGGAGCCAGUGGCAAAACGCACCAAGGCUGAAAAUGCCCGGCAUGCCAACGUGCUCAAGCAAGCCAACAACCACCACAGCACGGUGCUGAAGCAGUGGCGCUCCCUGUGCCGCCUCCUCACUUCACCUCGCUCCGCCUGGGCUGACCGGAACCCACCCGAGGUUCGCUGGAAGCUGUCAAGUGCUGAGACUUACUCCAGGAUGCGGCUGAAGCUGGUGCCCAACCUGAAUUUUGACCAGCACUUGGAGGCCAGCGCUCUGCGGGAUAACCUGGGAGCUGAUAAUCUCCACAACCCUGCUGAGUCCCUCCCACUUGCCAUGGCCAAGGAGGCUAGGGUGAGCGAGCUGGAGGAUGACCAGCUGGCCGAGGAGGAUCUCCCCGUCCUGGACAUCCAGGCUGAGCCCAAGGAACAGAACCAGCGGGAGAAGUUGGUGGUGUCGGAGGACUGCGAGCUCAUCACAACAGUGGCUGUUGUCCCUGGCCGCCUGGAGGUGACAACCCAGCACGUCUACUUCUAUGAUGGCAGCAGUGAAAAGGAGGAGACAGAGGGAGGGAUUGGCUACGACUUCAAGCGCCCCUUGUCCCACCUGCGCGAGGUCCACCUGCGCCGCUACAACCUGCGCCGCUCUGCACUUGAGCUCUUCUUCAUCGACCAGGCCAACUACUUCCUCAACUUCAAAAAGAAGGUGAGGAACAAGGUCUACUCCUGCAUCCUGGGUUUACGGCCCCCCAACCAGAUCUACUUUGGCAGCCGCUCACCCCAGGAACUGCUGAAAGCUUCAGGGCUCACCCAGAAAUGGGUUUUGCGGGAGAUCUCCAACUUUGAGUACCUCAUGCAGCUGAAUACGAUUGCGGGACGCACCUACAAUGACCUCUCACAGUACCCUGUGUUCCCCUGGAUCCUGCGGGACUACGUCUCGGAGACGCUUGACCUCACCAAUCCAUCUGUGUUUCGGGACCUGUCCAAACCCAUUGGGGUUGCCAAUGAGAGACAUGCACGGGACGUGAAGGAGAAGUAUGAGAGCUUUGAAGACCCCACGGGCACUGUGGACAAGUUUCACUACGGCACGCACUACUCUAACGCAGCGGGCGUCAUGCACUACCUGAUCCGCACUGAGCCCUUCACCACGCUGCACAUCCAGCUGCAGAGUGGCCGGUUCGACUGCUCGGACCGGCAGUUCCACUCAGUGCCAGCAGCAUGGCAAGCCCGCAUGGAGAACCCAGUGGACGUCAAGGAGCUCAUCCCUGAGUUCUUCUACUUCCCCGAAUUCUUGGAGAACCAGAAUGGCUUUGAUCUGGGCUGCCUGCAGAUGUCCAACGAGAAGGUGAGCGACGUGGUGCUGCCGCGGUGGGCACGUUCCCGUGAGGACUUCAUCUACCAACACCGAAAAGCCCUGGAAUCAGAGUACGUCUCAGCCCACCUCCACGAGUGGAUCGAUCUCAUUUUUGGGUACAAACAGCGAGGCCCGGCUGCUGUGGAGGCCCUCAACGUCUUCUACUACUGCACAUAUGAGGGUGCUGUGGACCUGGAUGCCAUCGCUGAUGAGACACAGAGGAAGGCUUUGGAGGGUAUCAUCAGCAACUUCGGGCAGACACCCUGCCAGCUGCUCAAGGAGCCCCAUCCUGCCCGGAUGUCGGCUGAGAGCGCAGCCCGAAGGCUCGCACGCCUGGACACCCGUCCACCCAACGUCUUUGAGAACCUGGACCAGCUCAAGUCCUUCUUUGUGGAGGGCAUCAGCGAUGGUGUGUCCCUGGUGCAAGCUGUUGUCCCCAAGAACCAGGCACAUUCCUUCAUCACUCAGGGAUCCCCCGAUGUCCUGGUCACCGUGAGUGCCAACGGCUUGCUGGGGACCCACAGCUGGCUGCCCUAUGACAAGAACAUCUCCAACUACUUCAGCUUCACCAAAGACCCCACCGUCUCCAAUGCAAAGACCCAGCGUUUCCUGCAGGGCCCCUUUGCUCCUGGUGCCGACCUGUGCUCCCGCACUCUGGCUGUGUCCCCUGAUGGGAAACUGCUCUUCAGCGGGGGACACUGGGACAACAGCCUGCGUGUAACCUCACUGGGCAAGGGGAAGGUCAUUGGGCACAUCACCCGGCACAUAGAUGUUGUUACCUGCCUGGCACUCGACCUGUGUGGCAUCUACCUCAUUUCUGGGUCCCGGGACACCACCUGCAUGGUGUGGCAGGUCCUGCAGCAGGGCGGGUUUUCCAGCGGCUUGGCCCCCAAACCCAUCCAGGUCCUGUACGGCCACGAUGACGAGGUGACGUGCGUGGCCAUCAGCACCGAGCUGGACAUGGCUGUCUCAGGUUCCAAGGAUGGCACCAUCAUCAUCCACACCAUCCAACGGGGGCUCUUCAUGAAGUCUCUGCGGCCUCCUGGUGAGAGCUCACUGCCUGCUGCCGUCACCCACCUGGCCGUGGGGCCAGAGGGGCAGAUUGUCACCCAGACCACCGUGGGCGAGCGCGCUUCCCUGAAGGAUAAAUUCACGCUGCACCUCUACUCAGUGAAUGGGAAGCACCUUGCCUCCGUCCCCCUGGACCAGGAGGUGACAGCCAUGUGCGUGACGGAGGAGUUUGUGGUGCUGGGGACCAUGCAGUGUGGGCUGGAGAUCCGUGACCUCCAGAGCCUCCAGGCACCAGUGCACCCCGUGCCCAUGCGGGUGCCCAUCCACAGCGUGUCGGUGACCAAGGAGAAGAGCCACAUCCUUGUGGGGCUGGAGGAUGGCAAGCUGAUCGUGGUGGGUGCUGGGCAACCUGCAGAGGUGCGCCCAGGCCAGUUCCACCGGCGGCUCUGGCGUUCCACGCGCCGCAUCUCCCAGGUCUCAGCUGGUGAGACAGAGUACAACCCCAGCGAGGGCAAGUCCUAGGCUGGCACCCCACACCCGGCCCCGAUGGCCUUCCUACAGCACCCGGCCCCUCCUGGGGGGGCACGGCAUGAAGGGGGACCCCGAUCCUCCUGCGGCAGCGCCCCGAGCCCCUUGCGAGCCGGGGGGUGAGGAUAGGAGGGUUGAGCCCCGCAGAGGCUGCACGCUCGGCCCCAUGCCGUGGCCUUAUCCAGCCCCAUUGGGAUGGGGGACAGCAGCACGGACACGGGGGGUGAGGAGGUUCUGGGGGGGCCCCUUGCUGGGAAGGGGGUACCACAUCUCCCUCACACCUGCUGGCCAGGAGCCGGCUGCACUUCCCCCCCCUCCCCCCCACCUCUCCCCUCCCCAAAAUGUUUUUUUCUAUCAAUUUCUAGCUCUUUUACAAAAAAAAAAAAAAAGAAAGAAAGAAAGAAAGAAGAAGAAAGAAAAAAGAAUAAUAUAUCUGUCUAUAAGAAAUAAAUGUGCACAAGGC